CAAAAAAAGUGAAAGUUACCCAGAUGUCUACUAAUUGAUAAAUGGAUAAACAAAACAGUAAUAUCCAUACAAUGCAAUGUUAUUCAGCCACAAAAAGGAAUGAAGUGCUGCUUCAUACUAUAACAUAGACGAACGUGGAAAACAUUAUGCUGCAUAAAAGAGGCCAGACACAAAAGGCCACAUAUUGUGUGAUUCAAUUUAUAUGAACUGUACUGAAUAGGCAAAUCCAUAAAGAAAGAAAACAAUUAGUGAUUGCCAGGGGCUGGGGUGGCAGGAGAGCAAUGGGGAGUGACCGCUAUUGGGUAGAUGUUUCAUAUUGGGUUGAUGAAAAUAUUCUAAAGUAAGAUAGUAGUGGCAGUUGCAUAUCUUUGUAAAUAUAAUAAAAACACUAAAUCAUACACUUUAGAGGGGUGGAUUUUAUGGUAUGUGAAUUAUAGCUCAAUUUUAAAAAAAAGUAAUUCUAAUUAAAGGUGAUUCUAGUAAUUAAGGGUAAUUCUAAUUGGGCAAAAAAUGGUGUUUGAGAAUCUAAUAAAGGCAGUAUAAUGAGAAUUUUAAGAACAUGGACUUUAUUUUUAAAAUUUUUAAUUAUUAUGAGAUAUAUAAUAGAUGAACAUGGACUUUAAAGCCAAAUGACUUGGGUUGGAAUCCCAUCUUCACUGUUUAUUAGCUGUGUGAUCUGAAGCAAAUUACUUAACCUCUCUGUGCCCCAGUUUCUUCAUCUGUGAUAACUAAAUGACUUCCUAUAUGUAAAGUGCUUGGAAUAGUACACCAUAUAAAUGUUUGCCAUUAUAACCGUAUGCAAUAAACUGUACUAGGCAAGAGUGAGAAUCAAAACCAGUAUCAAGGAAGCUUGUGCUAAAUACAAAUGUCAGUUAGGGAGGAGCAGAGCAGGGUGGAGUCCAAAGCAGGUUGCUUCACUUGAUUUAUUGUCUGAACUCUGCCCCAUGCUGAUAUGGGGAAAGAGGCAGGGUUUUGUGGAAAAGGAGGGAGAGUUAAUAUGGAUCAAGGAUACAACACCUAAAUUUAGCCUUCUUACCUUUGUCUUGGCAAAAGGUCCAAAAAUAUGUCAGGAGGCACAUGGGGGAGAAGCAAGGAAUGGGGAACAGCACUUACAUAUCUUUAUUGUUCAAUGUAAAUAAAGAUUAGGCAAAAACUUUUGAGGGUUUUCCUCUGGAGUUUUGGCAGUAAACUUAUGAUAUUUGUCCUUCUGAUCAAAAAGGUAUCUUUUUUAUUGAGAUGUUUGUUGAACUUUCAUUUCAAAAAGUAGGGUCAAACCCAUCUUUAAACAUUAGUGCUACUGCCACAUUUUUAUUCCCAGGACAAAUCAAGAAUCCACAAGGGUAGCAGGUGUUGCUAUCAGUAUUCAUAUCAUACCUUUGCUUUAAAUUGUUUUCUAUAUCUUUGUAGAGGUGGACUUACAAUUCUUAAUUUCUUUUUCUGUAGAUCUCACUCUUUCUGUCAACAGACAGCAAAGAAAGAUUCUACUAGAAGGACUUGAAGGACUGGAUUUUGAGGAAAUGAUAUGGAGUCUUAAAUUCCUUUCUUAAAAAGAUAGAGAAGAACUCUGUUGUCCACCUUUUCUCUGGUUUUACACUUCUGAAUUCUCUUCUCCUCUGUAAAUAUAUUUUAUGUGUCCUUGGUUUCAUAAAAAUUCUGCUUUGUCUGAUACUGUCACAAGAUAUCAAUCAGUAAUGACAAGGCCUUGUAUUUCUAUUGCUCCUGUCUCUCGCAAUGCUUCACAUGUGACCCUGUGACAAAGAGAUGUUAAUUGGCUGCUUAGGGUGACACAAGAAGUCACUGACCCAGGGCCAUAACUGAGACCGCAUGAUUCCUUUGCCUACCUCAGGAGAGAUUUCUUCCCUUUCACCAUGCAUUUCUCCGGGAACUUUGUACUGAGAAAUAAUCUAGGUGAGGAAAAGAGGAUGAAUUUCAUGGCAGAAGGCAGUAGAAGCCAAAGUAAAGAUUAAUGCCAGGGGCUCGUCACACUGGAGACCACAGAGAACCACUCAGUCCUUGGGAAUUAUUCACAGCCGUGCUCUGCACAUUCUCUGCGGGCCUAGCAGAGAGUGGACAGCCCUGCAGCGAUGGGCGGUGAGAAAGGCAUGACACGGGUGCUGCUGGAAUGCAGUCUCACUGACAAGCUGUGUGUUGUCCAGGAGAAGCAGUACGAAGUGAUUAUUGUUCCAGCUCUCCUGGUUGGCACCUUCCUUAUCCUACUUGGUGUCAUCCUGUGGCUUUUUAUCAGAGAACAAAGAGCCCAACAGCAGCAACCUGGACUCCGAGGCACUGCCCCUAUACCUCCAUCUAGGGACCUAAGCUGGGAAGCAGCAGGGCAUGGAGGAAAUGUGGUUGUGCCACUUAAGGAGACAUCAGUGGAAAGCUUUCUACAAACUACCGCACCUGCCCUGGCUAAGCUGCAGGUGCCCCGGGAACAACUCUCUGAAGUUCUGGAGCAGAUCUACAAUGGUAGCUGUGGGGCCAUCUAUCGGGCCAAAAUGAACACUGGGGACUCUGCUAAGCCAAAGACUGUUGUCCUCAAGGCUUUAAAAGAACCCGCUGAGCUCCAUGAGGUACAGGAUUUCUUAGGGCGAAUCCAAUUUUAUCAGUACCUGGGGAAACACAAGAACCUCGUGCAGCUGGAAGGCUGCUGCACAGAAAGUCUGCCACUCUACAUGGUGUUGGAAGAUGUGGCCCAGGGGGACCUGCUCAGCUUUCUCUGGACCUGUCGCCGGGAUGUGAUGACCAUGGAUGGUCUCCUCUAUGAUCUCACAGAAAAACAAGUGUAUCACAUCGGAAAGCAGGUCCUCUCGGCUCUGGAAUUUCUACAAGAUAAACAUCUAUUUCAUGGAGAUGUGGCAGCCAGGAACAUCCUAAUCCAAAGUGAUCUUACUGCUAAACUCUGUGGACUGGGCCUGGCUUAUGAAGUCCAUGCCCAAGGGGCCAUCUCCUCUACACGAACCAUACCUCUCAAGUGGCUUGCCCCCGAACGGCUUCUCCUGAGACCUGCUGGCAUCAGAGGAGAUGUCUGGUCCUUUGGGAUUCUGCUUUAUGAGAUGGUGACUCUAGGGGCACCACCAUAUCCUGAAGUCCCUCCUACCAGCAUCCUACAGUAUCUCCAGAGAAGGAAAAUUAUGAAGAGACCUAGUAGCUGUACACACACCAUGUAUAGUAUUAUGAAGUCCUGCUGGCGCUGGAGUGAGGACAACCGCCCCUUACCUAGAGAGCUACGCUUGCGCCUAGAAGCUGCCACUAGAACUGCAGAUGACAAGGCUGUGUUGCAAGUACCAGAGUUAGUGGUUCCCGAACUGUAUGCUGCUGUGGCCGGCAUCCGAGUAGAGAGCCUCUCCUACAGCUAUAGCAUCCUUUGAAGAUCCCCAGGCAAGAAACAUUUAGGGGUGAUUAUGUUCUUGGAAUCAAUUCCUCCAAGAACAGAUAGUGGACUUUCUAGUGGGACAUAAAGGCAGAAAUGGGACAUGGAUCCCAGAUGUUCCUUUACACAUUUCCCUAGAUAUCUGAAACGAUGCUGAAUGAGACACUACAUACCAUAUACCCUGAGCUGAGAAACACUGUCAGUCUUGUUUCCACUGUGUUCAGUCCUAGAGACCCUGGGUAGAAGUGGGGGACAGUGUCAUUCAAGGGAGGUUUUAGAAAUCUGCAAUGUUUGUUGAGGCAUGGCACAGACAACAUGGUCCCUCACAUCCUAGCCUGCCUUGCCCCUGAACCUAGUUUUUAUCUAGACUAUUACAGGUCCAGAUGAUUUGGGAUGAAAUGAGAGAAGAGAUAUCCAAUAAAGGAGUUGAAAAGAGAGAACAUUCAAGGUUCUACUUGCUCAGGAUUAUAGGUGUGGACCAAGACCUCCUUCAAAGAGAAAGUGGAAGGACAUAAAGCUCUUCAGUCCAGGUCCCUGUGUGUAGAAUUAGAGAACUAUAAAGGAAAACUUCUGAGUUUCCCCUUGGAGAUAGGUAAGAGAAAGAUGGUUCCCUUUUAUCUCAUUCUGAGACAGGUAAACCCUGCUUGGUACUUACUUUGAAUUAGAAGCUGCUGGAGUCAUUUCAUGAUUAAGAACAUUCAACGUGUCUUGUUCAUCAGGCUGGCUUCCCCGUUCCUAUUAGACGAAGAAGACUAAGCCUAGAGAGUCAAAGUUAGAUCAAUAACGAAAGUGUGUGUGUGUGUGUGUGUGUGUGUGCGCGCGCGCGUGCGCACGCGUGCUUGAGUGUGCGUGCGUGCACAUGCCUGUGUGUGUAAAAACAGGAAAUGUGAAAACCAAACAAGAAGGCGUAGUAGCUCAGGUGAUUUUUAACAGAGCCCAGAAAAGAAUGUAAUCUGCUACAGGAUGGUAGCUUAUAAUUUUCAAUCAUGCUUUCAUGUUCUAUGAAACUUACUUCAUUAAAUUAAUAUUUAUUGAGUGGAAGUAGGUUUUCUUGUAUACAGCUGCCAAAAUCUCUACAAUAGGGAGGAUAAAAAUAAAUAAAUGGAAGUUAAUGUCAAAGAAAAAUUCAAGAGACAACCCAAAUUUUCAGAAAAGUGAUUCAUUAUGUGUAAAAUGAGGAUAAUCCCUACCUCACAGGGUUGUUGUGAGGGCUGACUGAGAGUACGUACUUGUACAGUAUCUGGUACGUAAUAUGUGAGUAUGUACUUGUACAGUAUCCGGUACGUAAUAUGUGUUCAAUAAAUGUUAGUUUUCUUUCUUUGGCCCUUCCUAACCCAG